AUGGCGCGGUUAAAUGACGAUAGUCAACAAGACGUCGAUUGCACAGAGAUCCUAAGCCCGCAACCAUUCUCCCUUCCAGGCAAAGGAUCCCUCGUAUCCUCCCUCGAAUCCAGCAACGAGUCAUUCUCUACCGACGAUAAUGCCCAGAUGUCGUUGACCCAAGAAAGCGAGUACAACUCUUCCUCAUCCUCCACCCGCCACUCAACAAGCGACAUCUUCGGCCGUGAAAUGGACGAUGAAUUAGACCAACUGAAGUCCAGGGCAUCGAGUCGCUCGUCGCUAUCGUCAACCCCAGCCUCCGUACUCAUACACCCAGUCGACAGAAUGAAGCAAAUGCCAGACAUGGAUAUUCAUGAAAAGAUAGCUGGUUACAGAGUAGAGGCAUCCGAGGCGAGCUUCGGCGACUUCAACGACGUUCCCGCUAACAUACGCACCAUUCGCCAGCGUGAAGCCGUGUUUCGAAAACCGAGUUCCGUCAGAGCUAUGCAGAUGCACACAGAAGACGAAGCCGACGACGAUGACUAUCUAACGCCCCCGCGCCGACGAGCAGGCCUGCGCUCACGCUCACCCGGACCAUCGCCACUGAAAAGAUCACCGUAUUACUCGCCCAAUGCAUCAAAACAACCAAAACCGAAGAAGGAGGCACCGCUCGUGCUUCUGCACUGCACUCUCCUCCCGCCGUCCAUCCCAGUGCCUGGAGCGUCGGACCCCAGAAACCAGGAUAUCCUGGAAGAAGAGCUACCGGCGGAAUAUUGGAAGCGGUGGCGGCGGCUUCAAGACCGGGUUGGAUCGGGCGUGCUACGUGAUCGUGGCGUGUUGAUAUCGCACCCCGAGGAUUUAUACGACAUUCUGGAGGAGCGGCUGUUGGAGAGUCUCGAGCUGCAACGACCACGCCUGCAGAACGGCCACUUUGUGGGUCGAGAGGACCACAGCUCUAGUUCUGGCUCUGAAGGGGAUUUCUCCGACAUUGAAGAGAGCGAGACGGACGGCGAGCAGGGCGAUGAAUGUCCCGACUGUGGGACGCAUGUACGGCACGGAGAUAGUAAUCGUAAAUGGGAGAUUCGGGUCUUUGCCGCAAAUGGGCUGAUGCGCGCUGGAGCAUGGGCUGCUGCGUGGCGCGACAUGGAGAAGGUUGAUGUUGAGGUCGGGCUUUGGCUGCCUUCUGAUGUGCGCCGUGGUCUGGAGAGGAGGCUAGCGGAGGAGCAGAUGGCCGUUGUUGAACAGGCCCAGGCCCAGCCACCACAGAUGUCUAUGCAGAUGCAGAUGCAUAUGUCGCCGCUGGUUGAUGGUGGGCAUCCGGUAUCACCGGAAAUUCCGCAGUCGCCUAGACAAAGCCAUGCUCGUAUGAUCAGUGAUGUGGGGUCUUUCCAAUCUGAUGAGAUGACAUUCAGACAGGUCCUCCCUGAAGCUGAGGGUCGAUUCGGUGGGGAAGAGAAGAAGAAGGAACAUGAGGUUGCUCUUUCGACUCUCCUUGUCAAUUAUAUUCGUGUCCUGGCGGCCGAUAGGCGCAAUAUUGCUCUACUUCUUCUCAGUUCCCUUGUGGCGUUCCUUGCCAUCGGCUCUCGUCAGCAGCAAGUCCCUGUUUACUCCCAUCUUGGUUCUUUUUCGCAGACCUCGUCGGAUGAUAUGCUGCCCUCCGCGGCUAUGCCAAGUUUGACCAUGGCUCCAUCUAUGUCUCCUUCGAUAUCUCUUGCAAGCUCGGUCAGUUCGAGCGAGGCACUUGUCGUGAGCUCAGUUGGCUCUGCAUCGGCCGAAUUCGCGGCUGUUAGUGAGAGAGAGGUGGUUCCCUUGUUCGAGGCAGUGGAGUCUGCUUCUCUGACAGUCCACUCAUCUCAGAUUCAGGAUCAGCCUACACACGCUGUGGGGCAUAAGGAGCAUACAGCACCAACCCAGCUGCCGGAAUAUUCUGAGGUACGACCUGAGGAGCCAGCAGAGUCUCCUUCUUUGUCUGUCAUCCCUAUUGAAUCUCCCAUUGUGCAUUUGGACCCCACUGCGCCUGAGCAGACUACGCAGCCUCAACCCGACAGUGAUGCACAAAAUUCUUUGGAUGAUGCUGUGGACUCCGCUGCUGUGCCUUCAGAGCCCUCCCCUUCCUCGGCCGACUCUGAUGGAUCCACUGUCCAGCCAGAGGUGCCUCCGGAAAAUGAGCAGUCCCAGCCUGAGAGCGAAGUAGAACCACACUUGGAUGAUGACACCAUGAACUCUGCUGUUUUGCCUCCAGAGCCCUCUCCUACCUUAACUGACUCCGAUCGAUCUCUUGUUCAGUCAGAAAUGCCCGCAGAUCAUGAGCAGUCCCAUAUUGAGGACGAAGGAGAAGUAAUUUUGAGUGACACGGUGGACUUUCAUGCUGCGUUACCAUCUCCUUCCCAAACAGAUUCCAUUGAUUCUCCCGUCCUGUUGGAUGUGGCUGUGGAGACUGCACAACCUGAUACUCAAGGCGGAAAAGAAGAGCAAUACGAAGAAGACGAGCAGACCGAUUGA